AUGUGGGGCGGUGAUGGGGUCCGCUGGGGUUCCCAGGAGGUGCCCAUGGCUGCCCGGCGCCUCCAGGGCCGAGCCGUCCCGGGCAGGGGCAGCUGGGCCCCGGGGCAGAGCCCCCGUCUGGGGCACCCAGGGGCUGGCGGGGCCCGGGGCAGAGCCCCCGUCCCGGGCACCAGGGGCUGGCGGGGCCCGCUGAGCCCGGCCGCUCGCCUUGCAGUGCUGUCUGCACACUUCCGCGUCUGUGAGCCCUACACCGACCACAAAGGCCGCUACCACUUCGGCUUCCACUGCCCCCGGCUCUCGGACAACAAGAGCUUCUUCCUCUGCUGCUACCGGAACAGCACCGUGUUCAAGUACUGCUGCAGCGAGGCCGAGUUCCAGGCGGUGAUGCAGGCGAACCUCACGGCCGGCCCCGAGGGCGACGCGCACAACAACUACCCCGCGCUGCUGGGCGUGUGGAUCUACGGCUUCCUUGUGCUCACGCUGCUGAUCCUGGACCUCCUGUAUUACUCGGCGAUGAACUACGACUUCUGCAAAGGCUACCUGGUGCGGUGGGGUGUCCACGGGCGGUGGAUGAAACAGGACCCCCGGCGGUGGGGGGCCCCCGCCCAGGCCCCGCAGCCCCAGCCCCCGCCAGGCUCCCGGCUGCAGCCCCCCCAGGCCGCGCCCGCGCCUGGGCACAGCCCACCGCUGAUGACCUUCCAGAGCUCGUCCGCCUGGUGA